AUGGUUGAGGCCAUUGGAGCCUUUGGUAGAGGUUUGAGAGGGCCUAGUCCCUAUGAGAUGAGUGGACCAUUUUUGCAGAAAAGGAAAAAGAAGGUAUUAGAUGGAUUCAAGGUCCAUGAGGAAGCAUGGAAAACCUCAGGUUGCACACUUAUGACAGAUGCAUGGACAGAUAAGAAGGGCAGGGGAAUAAUGAAUUUGGUUGUGCAUAGUGCUCAAGGGGUCCUUUUUUUGGAUUCUGUGGAUUGCUCUACUGUCAAGAAAAAUGGUAAAUACAUCUUUGACCUUGUGGAUAAAUGCAUUGAAGACAUAGGUGAGAAAAAUGUUAUCCAAGUGGUCACCGACAAUGCUAGUGUUAAUGUAGCAGCAGCAAGUCUUCUAGCAGCAAAGAGACCCAAAAUAUUUUGGAAUGGAUGUGCAGCUCACUGUUUAGAUCUCAUGUUGGAGGACAUUGGGAAGCUUGAACCAGUUCAGGAAACAAUUGUAAAUGCAAGACAUGUAACUGCAUUUGUCUAUGCUCAUACAAGGUUGCUGGAUUUGAUGAGAAAAUAUCUUGGUAAGGACUUGGUUCGCUCUGGAGUUACUCGAUUUGCCACUGCUUAUUUGAAUUUGAAGAGUUUGCAAGACAACAAGAAGGAGCUCAAAAGGCUCUUUAGAGAUAAUGAUCUCAAUGAGAUGGGUUACUUGAAGAGUGCUAAGGGGAAGAAGGCAGAAAAAGUGGUGAACUCUGAAGGUUUUUGGAAAAAUGUUGAUAUUGCUGUUAAUCUUUUUGAGCCAUUGGCUAUUGUGCUGAGAAGAAUGGAUAGUGAUGUUCCUGCAAUGGGAUUUUUGCAUGGAUAUCUGCUUGAGAUGGGACAGAAGUUGAAGAGUCCACUACACUUGGCUGGGUACUAUUUGAACCCUUAUUAUUAUUACCCAAACAAGACAAAUAUUGAGAAAGAUGGAUCAUUUAGAGCAGCUGUAAUUGAUUGUGUUACGACGCUGAUUGAUGAUGAAGACAUUCAAGAUAAUAUCAUUGAAGAUCUCAACAAAUACAAGGAACAGCAAGGGUCAUUUGGACAUGACAUUGCCACAAGGCGGCGGAGAAAUAAGGACUUCAACCCAGCAACAUGGUGGCUGAAUCAUGGCACAGCUACACCUAAUUUGAGGCUGUUGGCAAUAAAGAUUCUAAGUUUGACAUGUAGCUCCUCUGCCUGUGAGAGGAAUUGGUCAUCAUUUGAAUCGGUACACACAAAGAAGCGCAACAGAUUACUUCAUGACAGGAUGAGAGACCUUGUAUUUGUCAAAUUUAACUCUAUACUAAGGCAAAAGAAAGAGAACAAGGGUAGAGAUCCCUUAGAGAAGGAAAUUAAUGAUGUGCUGGAGGAUGACAACAAUGAGUUCAUUACUGGAGUAGAACCAAAUGCAAGUCUAGAAGAUCAGGAAAAGCACAAGAUGCAGCAACAUCUCAAGCCAAAGCCAAAAGAAUAAGAGCUCCACGCCCAAGGAAGAAAUUCAGGACCCUGUCAUCUCUAAUGACGCCUCAGUCUGCAUCCUGAGCCUCUGAAUCAGAGGAAAAUCAAGAUGAUAUGGUAUUUACUGAUGCUGAAGAUGAUUAGGUGAGUACACCAAACUAUUCGGAUGCUGAAAUGCAAGUGUGAUGUACUGAUAUGUGCGAGAUUAUGGCCUAUUGCUCCAAGCCUGCUGUUUGUAUGUCUAGUUGUUGUUAACUUUGAACUUUGAAAUCAUGUAUGUCUCUAUGUGAUGUAUCGUGUAUGAACUAUGAACUUUGAUGUAAUGUGUUAGUAAGACUUUGAACUAUC